UGCGGCGACGGCGCCAACGACUGCGGCGCGCUACGGGCGGCGCACACCGGCAUCUCGCUGUCGCAGACCGAGAGCAGCGUGGCCGCGCCCUUCACAUCGGCUCAUCCCGACAUCGUCUGUGUCUCCAGGGUACUUAGGGAGGGCCGCGCCGCUCUCACCACAUCGUUCGGCGUGUUCAAGUUCAUGAUCGCGUACUCACUCACCGAGUUUCUCUCUGUGGCGUUCUUGUACUAUUUCGACGCGAAUCUCACAGACUUCCAGUUCCUAUACAUAGAUGUCGCCUUGAUCGUCAACUUCGCGUUUUUCUUCGGCAUGACGGAGGCUUAUACGGGAAAACUAUGUAAGAUACCACCUUUAACAUCUUUGCUAGGGUUAGUCCCUCUAUUUUCUCUUAUAGGACAACUCGGGCUCAUAUUUAUAACGCAGUAUUUAAGCUACUACGCGUUGACGACUUUCCCCUGGUACGAAAGACACACUUAUGCAGGAGAAGAAGCGAACGAAUGUUGGGAGAACUACGCCAUUUUUACUGUGUCUAUGUUCCAGUACAUAACUCAGGCUAUAGUUUUCAGUCACGGGUCUCCGUAUAGAAAAUCUGUCAUUACAAACAAACAGCUUAUGAUAAGCGCUGUCAUCAUGACAGCUAUCAGUGCAUACAUAACGAUCUCCCCUGCGCAAUGGUUGGCCACGUUCUUGGAACUGCGAAUGCCGAAAGAUUCUUUGCUAUCCUACAUGAUUAUUAUACUAGCAAUAAUUAAUUUCAUAGUAGCUUUAUUCUUUGAGAGGGUUAUAAUACAGUUCCUGAUGGAAAGUAAGCAGUUUAUACCUAAGUUUUUGAAAGAGAAAAAAGUGAUGAAAACUCCUCACCUAAUGAUCAAAAGGCAACUGACAGAUAUGGACUACCUAGAUUAUGAUAGCUCAGUCAGUUUUGAUAAGGAAGUUAUUAUUACUUCUGAUUCUAGUUCGGGGAAAGAAAGCUGAUCUAUUUAAACUUGUUUGAAGACGUGAACAAACCAUUUAUCAAUAGUUGAUGUAUAUUGUAUUACUUUUCAACCAUAUCAAUGACGGGUCAAUGAAUUUAUACUAUUCAGUAUUUUAAUUACGACCUUAUUAUGACAAUUUUAGAAAGUUAUAUUUUUACACGAAAGUAUAAUAUACUAGGCAAAUUAUUUAUUUACUGUCGAUUUUUUUACAGUAUUCUACAAUUUUAAAUGAAAUAUUUUCGCUGUAUUUUGUUAUAUUAGAUUUACUGGUAAAUCUAAAAAGCUUUUAUUAUAUUUUUGAAUCGCAAUUUUAUAACGUUUCUUAAAUCGAAUAUCUAAUGCAGUCUAUAUUUUAGCAGUGCAUUACGUUUUAGGUCAAUUAUACCAUGUUUUUUCUAUAAUUAUA